AUGCAGAAAGUCUUAGACUCCGUUCAGAACUGGUCAAACGCUAAUAGAAUGAAGUUAAACGCAAAGAAAACGAAAGAUAUGUGGAUUUGCUUUGGUAAAUCUAUCCUACAGCCUCCCAACCUUUAUACCGGGGAUGUUAUGAUCGAAAGAGUUAAUUCAUUCAAGUUACUUGGUGUUAGCUGUCAAAGUAACAUGAAAUGGAAUUCUCACAUCAAAGAAAUUACUCGUAAGGGAAACAGGAGACUGUGUCAUCUAAGGCAGUGUAGGAAGGCUCAUCUUCCUACUGAAGUAAGAUUGCCAACUCACUGCACCAAAAUUCGUCCACUGCUUGAAUAUGCCGCACCAGUUUGGGGUGGCCUACCUCACUAUUUAGUGAACGACCUUGAGCGUAUUCAAAGGAGAAGCUUACGUAUUAUUGGUUUAGUGAACGACCUUGAGCGUAUUUUAGUGAACGACCUUGAGCGUAUUCAAAGGAGAAGCCUACGUAUCAUUGGUUUACCGGUCGAUACACUUACCCCGCUUAGUGAGAGACGAGAUAAGCUACGUAAACCAUCCCUGUUACCACCUUGUCCCUAUCGCACAGAAGCAUGA